CAUGCUUAACAACUGAAUUCUUGUAAACCGAAAUGAGCACGCGCAUUUAGACGGAACUUACGCCUGGUAGCCUAGAAAACCAAGAUGUCCCACUAUGGCGGGGGCUACCGUGGGGACCGCGGCGGGGACCGCGGCGGGGAUCGCAGCGCGGACCAACGCAACAACUAUAGACCAGAGCCUGAGCAGGGCUAUGGCUACCCGCCCAUGAGGGAUGAAGUUUGGCCCGCUGCUGGAGGCGGAGGCCGCAUGGACCGUGGAAGGGAGCGGUUCGAUGACCGGGACCGUGGGCGGGAGGCCGGCAGGCGGGAGCGCAGCCGCGACCGGGCAGAGCGCGAGCCGCGUCGCCGCUCACGCAGUCGCAGUCGCUCGGGCUCCCCGCCGGUGAAGCAGGGCCGGCGACGGCCCACGCUGUUCGACGUGCUGCCCGCCGGCAUGGCGCCGGGCGCUCCACCGCCGCCCGCGGUGCUGCCGGGGGCGCAGCCCAACCUAGCCGCGGCAGCCGCGUUUGCGGCGCCCCCGCCGUCCAUAGGCCUGGCGCCGCCGGCGGUGGCCGGCUUCGGCGCGCCUCCUGGCGGCCCUCCGGCUGUGAGCCAGCAGGCGACGCGGCACGCCCGGCGCAUCUACGUGGGCGGCCUGCCGCCCACCGCCACGGAGCAGUCCAUCAGCAGCUUCUUCAGCCACGCGCUGGCGGCCAUUGGGGGGAACACGGCGGGGCCAGGUAACGCGGUGGUCAACGUUUACAUCAACCGCGAAAAGAACUUCGCGUUCGUGGAGCUGCGCACAGUGGAGGAGACGUCCAACAGCAUGGCCCUGGACGGCAUAAUGUUUGAGGGCGUGUCGGUGCGCGUGCGCCGCCCCAACGACUACAACCCUGCGGCGGCGGUCAGCCUGGGCCCCUCCACGCCCAACCCCGCGCUCAACCUGGCAGCUAUCGGCCUGUCCAACAGCAACCUGGGCGGCGGCGGCGGAGGAGGGGGUGGCGGAGGCGGCAAGAGCAACCCCAACGACAACCCCGACCGCAUCUUCGUGGGCGGCCUGCCCUACUACCUGACUGAGGAUCAAUGCCGGGAGCUUCUGGGCAGCUUCGGGGCCAUCAAGAGCUUUGACCUGGUCAAGGACAGGGACACCGGGAACAGCAAGGGCUACGGGUUCGUGGUGUACCAGGACACGUCCGUCACCGACAUCGCGUGUGCGGGGCUCAACGGACUCAAGAUGGGAGACCGCACACUCACAGUGCGCCGCGCCACUGAGGGCGCGCCGGGCGGCGGCGCGGCGCCCGCCAUGGGCCCUGCCGGCCUUGGCGGCCUUGCUGGCCUGGGCGGGCUGAACCCGCUGGCGGGUGUGGGCGGCGUGGUGGUGAACCCGCUGGGCCUGGCCACCGCCACCCGCAUCGUGGUGCUUACGGACGCGGUGUCUGCUGAGGAGAUCAUUGACGACCAGGAGUACCAGGACAUCCUGGAGGACAUGAAGGACGAGGCCUCCCGCCACGGGCUGUGCAACAACGUGCUCAUCCCCCGCCCCACUGCCGACAACCCCACCCCGGCCGGCAUGUGCAAGGUGAUUAUGGAGUUCAACGACGUGAACGGCGCUAUGAAGGCGCGCAACGCCAUGCACGGCCGCAAGUUCGCGGGCCGCGUGGUCAACGCCACCUACCUCACGGAGGCAGCCUACUUCGGCGGCCGUUACGACGAGCUGGCGGCGUAACGGAUUUGGGUGGUGGAAGCUGUUGGCGGUUAGCGGUUGAUCGGAUGGACAGGCGGCGUUGAUUUGAGGAGGGGGCUGUGGGGCGUGGACAAGCAGGAGGAGCUGCUGGUGGUGGUGUUAUCCUCAGGGAGCGGGGGCGGAGGCGUGGGGCAGGUGGCGUGGGCGUGUGUGGCCACAGGUUGGGGCUGCGCGCGGACGGCCACAGAAUGCACACAAAGCUCGGAUGCGGGUUCGUGGCCGGCGUAAACUGACACACGAUGGAGGCUCAGGAAGCCAGGCUGAUGGCGCUGGGGUCUCCUGACUUGCGGAGGCCGGGAUGGUGCGUGACAAGCACGUUGCAUCACUGGCGACAAGUGGGGCUGGCUACGGGCCGAGGGCGUGAGAGUGCAUCCAAGAGUGCACAUGGGGAUUGUAGCCUUGAGCCCUCAAUGAUGAUGGCCCUGAGACCUGUGUGGAGACUGGCACACGUGGGCCGAUGAACGAAGGGCACAGACCGCUGGAGCUGCGGCGGUUGGCGGCCGCUCCGGCCUGUUCCCACUUCACAGUGCAGUUUGCGAGCGGGCGAAUCCAACCGAAGCUGGAACCUGCGGUUGCUUGGGGCCCACCACGAAUACGGCGUGUUAGAACAACUUUUUGCUUCCAAGCUGUUGCGCUUUGGGUACUUUGGUGCUCCUUGAAUGUGGGGCGAGCGAAAACAGCUGUCCAGUUUCAUGCAACGGUUGAUUGUUCCCUAUUGUUCGCGAGUAUAAGAGCCGGUUAAAAUGCUGGGGCGGGACAGCAUAGCCUUGUGCUUUAAUGUAUACCCUGUCUAG